CAGUUCGUAGGCAUGUCAUGUAGUUUGAACCUAAAGUCGCAAAUAAUCUUAACGUCUUCUACAUUGACAGUGCCAGAGGAGAAUCAUCCAUGGAGAUUCCUCUUCCUUUGUCUACACACUUCCCCUUCUCUACCUUAAAACCCAACUCCAAUCUCAGUCUCAGUCUCAGACUCAGAGUCCCCCUUCUUCUUCAUCAUCGUCAUGCUUCUCUUAAACUUGGUUUUCCAUCAUCAACAACUUGGCGCCACGUAGUCGUAGCUCAAAAUUCCGUGUCCGGUGGCGACCCCACAACCAUUGAAACACAAGAUAAGGAACAAGCUGUCCCUGUGCCUUCUAUCAAACCUACUUACUUCCCCACACCUCCAAAUCGAGAACUUCGAACCCCUCAUAGCGGGUACCAUUUUGAUGGGACUAGCCGGAAAUUCUUUGAGGGUUGGUACUUCAAAGUGUCCAUUCCGGAACGGAGACAGAGCUUUUGCUUUAUGUAUUCGGUUGAAAAUCCUGCAUUUACUAAGCAAUUGACGCCAUUGGAAUUGACCCAAUAUGGACCCAGGUUUAUUGGUGUUGGGGCACAAAUUCUUGGUGCAGAUGACAAGUACAUUUGCCAAUACUCUCAGCAAUCACAACACUUCUGGGGAAGCAGGCAUGAACUAGUGUUGGGGAACACUUUCGUGGCCAAACAAAAUUCGAGACCUCCAAACAAGGAGGUUCCGCCUCAGGAAUUUAAUAAUAGGGUGUUGGAAGGUUUUCAAGUAACUCCCCUUUGGCAUCAAGGUUUCAUUUGUGAUGAUGGAAGGUCAAAUUAUGUAGAAACAGUAAAGACUGCUCGUUGGGAGUAUAGUACACGCCCUGUAUAUGGUUGGGGUGAUGUUGGGUCUACACAGAAGUCUACUGCUGGCUGGCUUGCAGCUUUUCCUGUUUUUGAACCACAUUGGCAAAUAUGUAUGGCGGGUGGACUGUCAACAGGUUGGAUAGAGUGGGAUGACGAGAGGAUUGAGUUUGAUAAUGCCCCAUCUUAUUCUGAAAAAAACUGGGGUGGAGCAUUCCCAAGAAAAUGGUUUUGGGUUCAGUGUAAUGUUUUUGAAGGUGCUAGUGGAGAAAUUGCACUAACAGCAGCUGGCGGAUUGAGGCAAAUUCCGGGAAUAACCGAGAAUUUUGAAAAUGCUGCACUGAUUGGAAUUCAUUAUGGUGGAAAAUUUUAUGAAUUUGUGCCGUGGAAUGGUUUUGUUAACUGGGAAGUUGCUCCUUGGGGUUAUUGGUUUAUGUCUGCAGACAAUGGCAGAUAUGUGGUUGAAUUAGAAGCAACAACAGAGGAUCCAGGUACUACAUUGCGUGCUCCAACAGCAGAAGCUGGUCUUUCCCAAGCUUGUAAAGAUUCAUGCUUUGGAAUUCUAAAAUUACAAAUGUGGGAACGAAGAUAUGAUGGCAGCAAGGGGAAGAUCAUAUUGGACGUUUCAAGCAAUAUGGCAGCUGUAGAAGUUGGAGGAGGUCCAUGGUUUAACACUUGGAAGGGCAAGACGUCAACUUCACCUGUCCUUAGCAGUGCCCUUGGAUUGCCUAUAGACAUAGAUGGCAUUUUUAAUAUGGUUCCUCUAUUGAAACCGCCUGGCUUGUAGUCAAUUGUUUAGAAUAUUUAUUUUUAGCUUUUAAUCUAAUCAUGCUGCAUGGUUUGAAGUUCUCAUAAACUUUCUCAUAGUGCAAGCAAGUGUUCAGAAUUUCACCACAAGGACAAAAUUUAGAAAGGGGUUCUUGAUUAGAAAAGUACAAUGUAUCCUGAGAUGUAGAAAGAUUGAAUGUAAAGAUUUGUCUGUUUACUGUAUUAGAAUGUUUAGAACCUUAUUCCUCUUGCUGGCUCAACUAACAGGAUGGAAUCAGUGUUGUUGAGGCGUUGGUUCG